AUGGCGGAAAGAAGCAGGUUAUCAAUAGCAUGUGCAUCGGUUAUUGCCAUAUUUUCCAUACCUGCUGUAUUGUGCAUCAUUGCUACAGUUAUUGUGCUUUCGCUGAUACCUAUUUAUUUGCCUUCAGGAGGAAAAAGCUCAACUAGCAAUCUUGAUAAUAGAGAAACAAUUGGCACAAGGUUUGGCACGAAUAUUGCUAAUGGCGAAACAUAUUCUAUAAUUAACUAUGAUUCAAUUGCUGCGCAGGUCAAUGCAAAAAUGAGCUAUCCAGCAGGUACACUUGGUGUUAUAGCGGCCGCCUUCAUUGACACUGUUAACUCAAAAAAUAAAAUCAGAAAGAAGCGGCAAAUCAGUGAUGGAGGAUCAUGUGUCAGUCCUCUUGGCCAAUCGACGAACGGUGACCUGCUCGGCUUAGGCUUCAUAGUUAGAAAAUGUCCACGAAACACAUGCAGUACUAAUGUUUGCAUUAAAAAAUGUGUAGCGGCUAUAAAAGCCACAAUGUUAGUAAAACUCGCAUCAAGUCCUUUCCAGUUUGAACUAGAGACGACUAAUGGCAAAAUAUCAGUUAUAAUCCAGCUUUGUUCGUUUGAAGAUAAUAUUUCAAGUAUAAACGCAACUACUACAACAAUAACAACAGCAGUGCCGAUAACCAAAACAACAACGAAUCUUCCUACUACUACGACGACUGACAAAUGCAUAUUUCAUUCUCCACUGGUUUAUCCAAUCAACGGUGGAUCCUUCCCACGCUCUGUAACAGUUGAUGAUAUGGAUGGUGACGGUAAACCUGACAUUAUUGUCACGAAUACGGCUUUGGAUAAUGCCACUGUGUUGUUUAAUAAAGGCAGUAAUAUGUUUAUCAUGCAACCAAAUAAAGCAACUGAUAAUGGAGCAUCGCCGUAUUUUGUGGCAACAGGCGAUAUUAAUGGUGAUAAAAAACCUGAUAUUGCUGUUGCAAACUAUGAUGGAGAUAAUAUCGGUAUCCUCAUUAAUAAAGGUGAUGGUACAUUUUUUUCUCAGGCAAUCUAUUCAAUGAGCAUUGGAUCUUCUCCACGUUUUGUGACGCUAAUCGAUGCUAAUGGUGACAGUAAAUUAGACAUUGUUGUCGCAAAUAGUGGCGCAGAUAACAUAGGAAUUUUCAUUAAUAAAGGAGAUGGCACAUAUUUUCCUCAAGUAACCUAUUCAAUGGGUACUGGAUCAUCUCCACGCUCUGUAUCUACUGGCGAUGUCAAUGGUGAUAACAUUCCUGACAUUGUUGUCGCUAACUUUGACGGAAAUAAUGUCGUUGUUCUUUUCAAUCAAGGCAAUGGUGCAUUUCUCAUCCAAGGGACCUAUUCAACAAACGUUGGAUCUUCUCCUAACUCUGUGAUAAUAGUAGAUGUUGAUGGUAAUAAGAAGUCUGAUAUUAUUGUCGCGAACAGUGGUGGAGAUAAUAUUGGCGUUUUAAUUAAUAAAGGUGACGGAACAUUUCACGCUCAAAAGACGUAUUCGACUGGUAAGGGAACUUCGCCGAUGUCUCUUGUAUCAGCUGAUAUUAAUGGUGAUACUAAAAAUGAUAUUAUUGUUGCAAAUAGUGGCAAAGAUAAUGUUGGUAUCCUUCUCAAUAAUGGCGAUGGAUCCUUUUUUAGUAAGACAACAUAUUCGACUGGUACUGGUUCAUAUCCGAUCUGUGUGACCGCUGCUGAUAUGAAUGCUGACAGUAAGCCUGACAUUAUCGUCGCAAACUAUGGCUUGGAUAACGUUAACGUUAUUUUAGCGUGUUGA